AUGCGAUGGGUCCGCUGCGUGGCACUGCUGGCCUGGCUGAUCUGCGUGUGCCAGUGGGCAAUUGUGACGUUUGUGACCUCUGACCUGACCGGCCGCCGGCCACGUCGAACACUCGCAGCGCGGGUGCGUGAAAGGCGCCAGCCCAGCCCUCGGCCACGUGAGAGCAGAGAUGGGCUGGAAUUUACCGACCCGCGCGUCAGUACAAGCCGUGUCAAGCAGGCUGGCUCGGUGUCAGAUGUGUUGGGCAUCAUGCGGGCUGAGCACGAGAAUCCGGAGAUAAACCUUAUUAGUGUCUCGGCAGCCUGGAUCAAGCUUGCCAAGCGUCAGCGCAGCAAGAUGGCUGACGUUGCCACGCAUUCAUACUCGUCGGCAUUUGUGGGGCAGACGCAGUCUUUGCUGGAGAAGCCAACCGGACAGGCACGUGAGGUAGCCAACAUCUUUUGGGCAACAGCAAAGCUUCAGAACCACACGCCGGAUUUGCCAAAGUUUCUUGAAUCAUUGGUCCGCGCAGCAAAGCAAAUUACCCAGGACAUGAACGCUCAGGCAGUUUCCAACGUAAUCUGGGCAGUGGCGACACAUUCCUCCACAAAUGCUGACCUGGAAGCUUUGUUGGGUUUGCUACCAGCCCUGGCGGCCAGAGUCCGAGCUGUGGUCUCAGUCAUGAAUUCACAAGAUGUUGCCAAUGUGAUCUGGUCUGUGGCAGAGCUUUCUAGGAAAGGUGUCAUGUCAGACGACUUGUUUGGUUUGCUGCCUAUGCUGGCAGACAGGAUCCCACAUGUGACAUCAGGCAUGACGGAACAAGCUGUGAGCAACGUAAUUUGGGCUGCAGGACAGCUUUCCGUUGCUCCCGGCAAUCCAGAUGCAAUACAAGGCUUGCGUGAGAUGCUUCCCACUUUGCUGGCCCGUGCAAGUGCAAUGCUACCUUCCGCACCUCCACGCUUCCUGGCCAACACUUGCUGGGGACUAGCCCUGAGCAAAUACAACGAUGCCGAUUUCCUUGAAGCCGUUGCGGGGAGGGUGGCGGACGAAGCCUCAGAGUGGCACACAAGAGGAGCUGCAUUGGACUUGCCCGAGCUGCUGUGCGCGCUUGCCAGGCUCAAUGCUACAGGGCAGGCAGAUAUGCUCACUGCCGUGUCGAAGAAGCUAUCACAGAUGCUCGGAAGGCUCAACGACUGGGGUCUUUGUGCUGUGUCCUGGUCGUACCAGGAUCUGGAUCGCGACAACCGCUUCGUCGCUUUUUGGCAUGGUGUGACGGCGGAAGUGACACGCCGCGGGUUUUCGGAGAAGGAUGUGGAACACAGUCGCCUCGGGCCCGAAUGGUGGUCGAAGGUCCACGGCGGGCUCUGGCCCGGCAUGAACGUGGCACAUGAAAGGGUGAGCUUCGCCCUGCCAAAACCAAACCGAGGUGUUCGGUCAGUGCGAGAGGAGAGGAGCCGGGAAGGCUCCCCACUGGCUGCGGAGAUUGAGGCGGCGAUGACCAACGCCAAGCCCGUGCCCAGCGAGGUGAUCGCCAAACUCCUGCAGCAGGCCAUGAGAGAAGCAGGCGCCUGGCAAGACGGGCCCGCCGCGCGCUUCGUGGUGGACGGGUACCCACGCUCAGAGGAGCAACUGAGGGGCUGGCAGAACACGCUCAGUGCGGACGUGGAGCUGCUGUGCUGCAUCAGCCUCGAGGUGGGGCGUGAGGAGAUGCGGCGCCGUUUGCUGCGGCGCUCGGAGAGCAGCGGCCGGGUGGAUGACCAGGAGGAGGUCAUCGACAAGCGGCUGGCGACGUUCCAGGCGGACACCGAUCCCCUGCUGAAGUUUUUCAAGGCGGAAGGCCAACUGAAGGAGGUGGACGGCGCUUUGGCGCCGGCGGAGGUUUUCCAGGAGGUGCGCGGGCUACUGGAGGAGGUGGCCGCCGAGAGCCGAUGA